AUGGCAGACAGUGAGAGUCCCGACCGGCGGUCGUCACGAAGGAGAAGCGGCAUGUACCGCCGUGGCUCCCAUAUCAGCGAGGCAAGCUUCAUGGAAGAUGUCGAAAUGGCCCAAGAUGAGGUAUACGAACUCGCGCCCAUGGCCCCUCCCCGUCCCCCGUACAAGCCUCGCGGUAGUAAGAAGCCUGGCCAGCAGCUGACGCCCAAAACUAUCCAGGUCUUCUCCGGUCCCAUGAGCGAGAGCGUCCCUACGAGUGUAUCUGGAUUCCGACACCGCCGUUCGCGCGCAGACUCGAGCGCCAGUCUGACGAGUUUCGCAUUCUAUGAUGAAGAGCAGGAUUCGGGCGAGGGCACUGAUGACGAGGAUAGCGCCAUACUGGAAGAUGGCGAAAGUGUAUACAAUGGCUACGCCGAUGAGAAUGGCGAAGAAACGGAGGAUCUUGAGGCAGGCUUGUCGUCGUCCUCGCCCUCACCCUCGCCAUCACGGCGCAAGUCGAGUGGCUCACGGCGCAAGUCAAGUGGUGGCAGCAGGAAAUCAUCGGAGCGACCGCUGCUACGAAGGCGCUCGUCAACAAGCAGCGCGGGUUCGGGCGCCGACUGGAGAGGACGCAGGUCGAACCAGAAGAUUUACAUCAUGACCGAAGACUUGACCAUUGUCGUUGCUGGCUUUAAAACGUCGCCCUUUGGAUACGCCCUGUAUGCGCUGCUGUGCGCCGCCACACUGGGUCUCGGCUGGCUCAUGUUCAGAUGGUUGCCACGAUGGAGAGUAGCCAUUGUGGGAAAGAGUGCGCCCUUGAAAGAGUGCGACUGGAUUGUCGUCGAGAACCAGUGGGGAGAAUUUGCGGUACAGAACAUCAGUCGCCAAACCUAUGGACGCUCGCUGUCCACCGUGUUCGGAGACCCCGAAAAAGGCCGUCCGAGAGAAUGGGACGAAGAUGACGAUCCGCUUAUUCGCGAGCUUCGAUGCUUGGACUACCGCUACAUCCGCUUCGUCUACCACCCCAUCAAGGACAAAUUUGUGCUGGCCAAUACCUGGAAAGACCCCAGCUGGACCGAUGUCCUGGCUCUCCGUGAGGGUCUCGACAACGAUGAGCGCGACUACCGGGAGUUAGUCUUUGGCAAAAACAUGAUCGACAUCGCCGAGAAGACGGUCGGCCAGCUUUUGGUCGACGAGGUUUUUCAUCCCUUCUAUGUUUUCCAGAUUGCCAGUUUGAUCCUCUGGUCUCUCGACGAGUACUACUACUACGCCUGUGCCAUCUUCAUCAUUUCUGCCGUUAGUAUCGUCACGACACUGGUGGAGACCAAGGCUUCCAUGAGACGCCUGCGCGAAGUGUCCAAGUUCGAAUGCGAAGUACGCGUGUUGCGCAGUGGCUUCUGGACGCACCUCGAUUCUGCAGAACUCGUACCUGGAGACGUUUACGAAGUCACCGAUCCUGCACUUACACAGUUCCCAUGUGACAGUUUACUCUUAUCCGGAGACUGCAUCGUCAACGAGAGCAUGCUGACCGGCGAGUCUAUUCCCGUGUCCAAAAUCCCCGUCACAAACCAGUCACUGGAUCUGUUGGAUCUUAGCGCUUCCGCCGUUCAUCCAGAGGUUGCCCGCCAUAUGUUGUUCAGUGGAACCAAGAUCAUCCGCGCCCGCAGACCGCACGAAGACCAUGUAGACGAUGAGGCUGCUGCAUUGGCCAUGGUCGUCCGAACUGGCUUCAACACCACCAAGGGCGCAUUAGUCAGAUCAAUGCUCUUCCCCAAGCCUUCGGGCUUCAAGUUCUACCGCGACUCUUUCCGGUACAUCUCCGUCAUGGCUAUGAUUGCCAUGAUUGGCUUUGUUGCCUCGUUUAUCAACUUUGUCCAUCUCGGCCUUGAAUGGCACUUGAUUGUUGUACGCGCGCUCGACUUGAUUACCAUUGUUGUCCCUCCCGCUCUUCCGGCCACUCUCACCAUCGGUACGAGCUUUGCACUUUCGCGGUUAAAACAGAAGCAAAUUUUCUGUAUCAGUCCACAAAGAGUUAAUGUCGGUGGCAAGCUUGAUGUCGUCUGCUUCGACAAGACUGGAACACUCACCGAAGAGGGCCUAGAUGUGCUGGGUGUCCGUGUAGUUGAGCGGCCCCGCAAUAGGUUCAGCGAGCUUCUUCCAGACUCCUAUGACAUCUUGCCAGCGUCGCAGCAUGAUCGUGACCCAACUGUCGAAUACCACGCCCACAAAACCAUUCUCUACACCAUGGCUACUUGUCACUCACUACGCAAGAUUGAUAACGAACUAGUCGGCGACCCAUUGGACGUCAAGAUGUUUGACUUCACUGGCUGGAGCUACGAAGAAGGUGAGCAAAAUGGUAACUCGGGCGAUGAAGACCCUGAGCAGAAACUGUCACCGUCCGUUGCUCGUCCACCACCAGGCCGCGAGUAUGAUAUCGAUGACGUCGAAGACGAGGCCAGCCGAAAGCAAGUCGAGCUUGGCGUCAUCAAAUCGUUUGAGUUUGUCUCGCAACUCCGGAGAGCCAGCGUUAUUGUGAGACAGUUCGGGUCAAAGAGCGGCCAAGUCUACGUCAAGGGCGCACCUGAAGUCAUGAAAGAGAUCUGCCGUGCCGACAGCUUCCCCACUGAUUAUGAAGAGCUUCUCGCUUUUUACACGCACCGUGGCUUCCGCGUCAUCGCUUGUGCUACCAAGACAAUUCCAAAGCUCAACUGGCUCAAGACUCAAAAGAUGAAGAGAGAAGAGGCCGAAAGUGGCCUUGACUUUGUCGGUUUCAUCAUUUUUGAGAACAAGCUCAAGGACAGCACGGCUCCAGUCAUCGAAGAGCUUGAGCGCGCCAAUAUUCGCAAGGUUAUGUGUACUGGUGACAACAUCCUUACUGCCAUCAGUGUUGCUCGUGAAUGCGGCCUGAUCAACAAGACGGCCCAUUGCUUUGUCCCCCACUUUGCAGAAGGUGAUUCACGCACCGCCUUGUCGAAGCUUUGUUGGGAAAGUGUCGAUGACCCGGUUUUCAAGCUCGAUGAUACAACGCUCAAGCCUCUUCCACCGCCACCUGAGGCCGAUGUGUCCCUUCCGUAUGACAUUUCCAACCUGCGCAACUACAGCUUGGCAGUAAGUGGUGAUGUCUUCCGCUGGAUUGUUGAUUUCGCAUCCGAAUCCGUGCUCCGUGAGAUGCUCGUCUGCGGUCAGGUCUUCGCCCGUAUGUCGCCCGACGAGAAGCAUGAACUGGUUGAGAAAUUGCAAUCAAUUGACUACUGCGUCGGCUUUUGCGGUGAUGGUGCAAACGACUGUGGAGCGCUCAAAGCCGCUGACGUGGGCAUCUCUCUUUCCGAGGCUGAAGCAUCAGUUGCCGCUCCUUUUACGUCCCGCCAAUUCGACAUUAGCUGUGUGCCUCAGGUCAUCAAAGAGGGUCGCGCAGCGCUUGUAACAAGCUUCAGCUGCUUCAAGUAUAUGAGCUUGUACAGCGCGAUACAGUUUUGCUCCGUCUCAUUUCUGUAUGCCAGCGCCAGCAAUCUUGGCGACUUCCAGUUCCUCUUUAUCGACCUCUUGCUUAUCCUCCCCAUCGCCAUCUUCAUGGGUUGGUCAGGUGCAUACCCUAUCCUCAGUCGCAAACGCCCAACUGCAAAUCUGGUAUCCCGCAAGGUGCUUACCCCGCUGCUUGGACAAAUGAUCCUCUGUAUCCUGGCUCAGUUCAUUGCUUUCCACUUUGUCCAGAAACAGGAGUGGUACCUCCCACCGGUCAUCGAUAAGAACCACAGCAACUCGUUGAACUCGCAAAACACGGCCCUUUUCUUGACAAGCUGCUUCCAAUACAUUCUCUCGGCCGUUGUCCUCAGCGUAGGCAAACCCUACCGCGAACCCAUGUCCCGUAACCUCCCCUUCAUCACCACCAUCUUCGUCACCCUCGCAAUUACUCUGUACAUGCUGUUCGAUCCCGCCAAAUGGGUCAUGCAAGCCAUGGAACUCACUUACAUGGAUGUCCCCUUCAAAAUCUUCAUCCUCACCCUGGGCCUCGGCAAUUUUGCCCUCGCAUAUGUGAGCGAGAGAGUGCUUUUCCCCGGCCUAGCCAAGUGGAUUGGUGUACUCAAAGUUAAGCUGGGGGGCAAGGGCAUGCAGAAGAAGAGGAAAGAGUACAAGGUUAUUGCCGAGAGUAUGCGCAUAUAA